UCUCGAAAUCUCAUGCUUCAACCUUAAUGACCACAUAAACAAUGCAAAAACUCCACCCGCAAUGACCGCUGAGACAUAGCCAACCAUGACCGCCGAACUGUCGUCCAAUUGGAAGAAGCUGCAAGCCAAGAUCAAAGCCGAGUCAGCGUCAAAGCCAUCGGCGCCCAAGAGAAAGGCUGCAGACGGCGACAGCCUGGAUGCCCCUCGGAAGAAGCUGAAAACGAACUCGGCUCCGCCAUCAAAGCGAACUCCUAAAAAUCCCGCUAAACCAAAGCCCUCUCAGCCAAAGAGCAAAUCUCCCAUGGGCAACACGCAGUCGUCCAAGAUCGACUUGGUACCCCCGAAGCACGGCGUGUCCCCCUCGCUUGCCCUUUGGGCUGCCGACAACGACAUCUCUCCGGAAUCCAUAGCCGAAGCAUACGGCCUCGGACUACGGUCCAACUCGCUGCUGUCCACGGACAACCCGGCCCGGCCCAACGAAGGGCUCGCGCCCAACGUGGAGGUAGGCAAGUACGUGGCCAUCGACUGCGAGAUGGUCGGGACCGGCGAGGGCGGGUACGACGAUGCGCUCGCCCGCGUCAGCGUGGUGGACUUUCACGGGAGGCAGGUGUACGACUCGUACGUGCGGCCGCGGGAGCGCGUCACCGACUGGCGGACCCAUGUCAGCGGCGUGGGGCCGAAGCACAUGGCGAAGGCCAGGACGUUUGACGAGGUGCAGGGGCAGAUUGCUGAGCUGUUGCGAGGGAGGAUCAUUGUCGGGCACGAUGUCAAGCACGACCUGCGGGUUCUUGAGUUGGACCAUCCCUCGCGGCAGAUCCGGGACACGGCCAAGUUUGGAGGCUUCAGAAAGUACGGGAACGGGCCGAAACCGGCGCUGCGGGUGUUGGCACGGGAGAUCCUGGGUGUCGAGAUCCAGACCGGACAGCACUCGAGCAUAGAGGAUGCGCGGGUUGCGAUGCUGCUCUUCAGGAAACACAAGUCGGCGUUCGACAUGGAACACGCCAAUCGGUACCCUGACGAAACGAGACCGAAGCCGAAGAAAACCAAGGGGAAAAAGACGAAGAGGCGCUGAACUAACACCUACGCUAUGCUACGCGAUGCCAUGCCGUGCCAUUCAAGCCGAUCUGCUCUUGCCCAAUUGAAACUGGUCUCCAUGUCCCCCCAAAACAUGUCCUUCUCUGAGACACCCGCCUCAUGUCCGCCAUCCAUUGAUGCUCUCGCGCUCGCCCCUAGAGCGGGAUGCCCUCCAUCAGCUCCACGGCGCCCUCCCGUCCAACGGUGAUGAUGACGUCUCCGAGGGUCUUGGUCACGAAACCCGCUUCACAAUAUGCGAAGUAAUACUG